AUGGAUCUACUGGGUGAUAUUGUAGAGAAAGAUGUCGAUUUUGAUUCGAGGGAGGAAGCUGUCAGGGGGAACAAGAACGGAUUUCCAGAGCUGUACCAGCCACAGAAAAUAUCCUCUUGGAAACAGCGAUUACGCGACAAAAACGUGAGGGCGAAGACGGACAAGAAGGCACUUCCGAAUGAGAAGGACACAGCUGUGGUCCCCGCUGCAGUGCCUGCUGCAACUGAGGCACAAAGAAUCCACAACGAAAACUUGGCAAAGAUCGGGAACAUGUCGGAGGAACAAAUUUUGGAAGAGAGAAGACAACUACUCGAGUCCCUCGACCCAAAAUUGAUCCGUAACCUGCUACAAAAUGUCAACAAAAGGCUUGAUCAACCUCUAUUUGCGGAAAUUGAGGGUGCCUCCGGCACUUGGGUCGGUGGUGCCAACAAGAAUGCGCUUAACAACUUGCCCUCACUGUCGGAGGAUCAAGUGAAUAAAGCAUUGGAGAUACCUGCUAGGGAGAAGAAAAACAACGGGGACUCUCACCCCCAGCUGGAACAUGCUAAGGAUCUUUACGAGGUGAGAGACGGAAAUGUGGAGGACGCAGACGAUAUAGCACCACUUGAAUACCAAGUGGCUCAGUCUAUCGAUCACAUGAAGAACGAAGAUUUGCUAAAUGACGUGCAUUUUAUGAAGAAGAAGAAUACACCGAACGAGAGGGAAGGUGAGCCCCUGGAUAUCAACGAUCCAGAUUUCAACGACAAGUUACACGAGAAGUAUUUCCCGGACUUGCCGAAAGACGUGGACAAACUUCAAUGGAUGCAAGAAGUACCUAGUUUACCAGAGGACGAUGGUUCGAAAUUUGUCAUUGACGACGUGUCGAAAAUCAGGUUCGACUUCAGGGGCAACUUGGUGCCACCAACAAGACAAAUAGAAACGACAUCCCGCUCAGCGUUGCACCAUCACUCCGUCGACCCGCAAUUGGCCGGCUACACGUUGGAUGAAUUGACAAGAUUAGCCAGAUCGACGUUUGCCUCGCAAAGGUGUAUCGCCAUCCAAACGAUAGGAAGGAUUCUGUACAAGAUGGGGAAGCAGAACUAUUACCAGCUGGUUCCGGAAGUCGAAGCAGAAACGUACAAGGAGGAAGGGAACAUCAGAAAUAUCAUGAACAAAAUUUACUCCAUGUUUUGGGACCUCAUAAAGGAUUUGCAGACCAUCGAAACUUUACAGCUGGCGUCCGAUGAACACAAGACAAGAAGCUUAUCCGUCAGAACUUACGCGACAGAUGCAUUGUGGUUGUGGAAGAAGGGAGGCGGAGAUUUCCGCGCGGAACCAAACGGAGGAAAGUAG